AGUGUUUUGAAUUAUUGAAUAUAAGAAAUAGAUAAAGGUUUUUGUGGAAGAUGAUCUUUUUAUUGGUUGCAAUACACUCAGCAUGCGCAGUCACCAAAAGAACUCUUCAAGUAGAAUAUUGGAUUUAAAACAAUAUUGUCUCCAAUGUUGAAUUCAGUUGGGAAUACAUCUAAUGAAGUCAAUUGUGUACACGUUUCUAUGACAACACAUGUCUUUAACAAAUAAUAAGGAUUGUAGAAAUUAUGUUGGAGAAAAAAAACUCUCCCUCAAAAAAAUCUGUCAGGUUUAGUGAUAGUUACCAGGAAGGUUUUGAUGCACACAAUAUAAACACUGCACAUUUGGGUGACGGGGAUCCAGAGAUUGAACGACUAGUUUUACAUUCAACACCUGAUAGUUCACUGCACAAUAUACAGCUUAACUUACCAGGAUUUGAUAAAGAAGAGAUAAAUAAGGAGGACCAAGUACUGACAGCUGAAAAAGAAUUAUCUGACUCUGAGAGAUCCUUAGUUGGAAGUGAAUCAGAAUAUAAACAUGUUAAUAGUUUAAGAACAACACCAUCGCCACCACCAAUUGAAAAUCAAACUAAACUUGUUCGAAAAUCAUUUGUCACAUCAACUCAUUAUUUAAAGGAUCAGUUCCCUGGUCCAAGAGGUGCUUUCAACCAAAAUACCUAUUUUGUCAAAACUAGUGGCAAUCCUAAUCAAAAUAUAAAUAAUCGCUAUCGCAGGAGUGCAUUUUCUGGCACCAAGAAGUCAUUGACUCCUUUUGAAAAGAAGUUCUCACAUUUGGUUUCAGCAAGAAACAACAUACCCCAGCCACGGGCAUACAGUGCAAAUAGUAUACGCAAAUUGGAUAAAACUGGUCCUAGGACUAAGACCAUGAGUAAUUUCAAUUACGGAGGAGAUAUGUACACACUGUCUUCAACAUCUUUGUCAAGAGCUCAGGAAAAGGAAGAGCUACAAAGAUUGAAUGACAGAUUUACUCAGUAUAUUUCAAAAGUUAGGCAACAAAGUGGACAAUUAGAUUCAUCUUCGUUUCUGAAGUCUGCUAGAAUUCUAGAAGAAGAAGUAUCCCAUCUAAAGAAUUUAUAUGAAAGGGAACUAGAAAGUUUGAGAUAUCAGUUGGAAGACGUUUCCAAAGAAAAGAUUAUUUUACAACAGCACUGUGGUAAACAUCAACAAUCUGCCCAAGAUCUGGAAGAUAGAUUAUUAGUAGAAACAGAUAGAAACAGAAAACUUGUAGACCAAAUAAAUAACUGCCAACAAAAAAUAAAUAAUUUGGAACAGGAAUUAAUGCAUGUGAGAACAGCACCCCGAUCAAUAGAUGAUGUACCACGCAUGCAGAGAGAUUUAGAUAAUUUAACAAGAGAAAACGAAAGUUUUAAACGAAGAUGGGAAAAGGAACAGCUACUUAGACAAGAACUAGAAGAAAAACUACAUGCAUGCUUUAAAAAAUCAGAGUUUGAUCACCAAGUGCAGAAUGAACAACAAUCGGAGCUCCGACAAAGAUUGGAAUCUGCCACUUCAACUAUCUUUGGAUUGGAGAAUAGAGUUCGUGAACUUAGUAAAACUGACUCCAACAUUCCUGACCUUAUAAAACAAGUAAGAGAGGCUGCAGAGGAAGAAUUACAAAAGUACCAGGCUGAAUCAGAACAACAGUAUACUAGAAAUUAUCAGAAAUCCCGACUUAUGCGAAUGAUAUCUGCCUUGAAGGUUCAGAUGGAAAAUGAUGCUAGUACAAUAGAAAGACUGGACAAGGAGAAAUCUCAAGUGUUGGGAAGUAUUGGUGACUUAAAGGCUAGGAUUACAAACUUGGAAGGGGAGAUAAGAAUGAUUGAUCAUCAGCGCCAGUCAUUAGAGGAAACACUGAACUCUGAGAGAGCUAGGUCAGCUGACCAGUUAUAUAGUAUGGAGAGGAGAUUCCGUGAGGUACAGGAGGUGUUAUUUGUUAAGAUGCAGGAGGCUAAUAUAUCCAGGGAUACCAAUAUCCCUCUAAAGGCUGAGAUAGAGGCUCUGAAAGCUUUGUUACAGGAGGAGGAAAGAAGGUUGACUGCUCCUGUAGAUGUCAGCAGUAAUACAUUAAAGCAGACCUCCAGUAGUGUAACUCACAACUAUGCAAGCUCUCCACCACCUCAGCAAACUUCUCAAGUGUUUACCACCUACCAACCACCUAUGUCCUCAUCUUAUCAGUCGUAUCCACCACCACCAGCAGCUCAAUCUACUGCAUAUCCACAGCAGACGGAUACGUAUCCACCUCAGACCUCUGGUUACCAGGUGGAGACAGUACAUGCUACAGAGCCUAUCUACAAUAGUGUACAGAAUGAGUAUGAUGCCAGUGCAGAUUUUCCUAUCAGUGGCACAAGAUAUAAUUAUGAGACAAUACCUAGUGUAAACAAGUUACAGAUUGAACCGUCGCCACCUGUGACCCCUCGUCCAGUUGGACCUGUGGUCAGGGUCAAAUCAGCUCCAAGUUCAGGCAGAAGUGGACAAAGUCUUGGACAAGGGAAGGACUAUUUCGAUGAGAUGUUUCGAGACCUAACAAGCCAAACCAUCAACACAUAUUCCCGACCAAAAAGUAGCCCCACAGACCGUUACCCUGCAGCAGCUUCUCAUGACUACACUACUGCUACUUCUAGGUAUCCAUGUCGCAGUAAAUCUAUUUGGAUUAAAAAAGAUUGGAAGUUCUGUGCUGUUGGGGAUGUAAAAAUUCUUGAUGUCAACCAAGAAGGAAAAUAUGUUCGACUUGUCAACGAAGGCGGCAAGGAAGUAGAGUUUGGAGGGUACAUGAUACAACAGAAUGUUGGAGGUCAUCCCGUUGCAGUUUACCGAUUCCCUCCUAGGACGAAAUUCACUGGAAACAACACAAUCACAGUGUGGUCUGGAAAUAAUGACCCUAUGCUGCAUCAGCCCCCAACAGAUUAUGUUUGGAAAGAGCAAGAGAAAUGGGGUACAGGACCAGAAUGUACAACAAUCUUAUGUAAACCUAAUGGACAGGCUAUAGCAUGGACUACUGCAGCACACAGAUUUACUAAGAAUGCAUUUGAAGAUUCUAAAGCUCCAUCAGAAGCAGAUCAAAUUCUUGAUAUUAAUGAUGAAUUUGAUCAAGUUAACCAAAUUGAUGAUGAAGGUUUGACAGAAAUGACAGUUAACAUCAAUGAACAAAAACCAGAGGCAGUUUAUCUAAGGAGGCAGAAACAGCAACCACCAACCCUGUCACCACAGAAACAUCCACAUGGAGGUAAUCCUAUAAAGGAGGUCCAUCCUCACACAAGUCAACCACGUCCCCUUACAUAUGGAAAUGACAAUAGCAGUGUAAACAGACAGUCUAGGUCACAAACAACUAGACCUGACCCUAUUCCAGGUGCACCCUAUGCAGGUGCUUCAGCACAAAGAAUGGGAAGUGCUUCACUUAGAAAAUAUAGUCCUACACAUAAUAUACGAGGGAAUGGUACUAUUACAAAUAAAAGUGCUGGCUCAAUACGUAUUGGACAACCAUCGCCUUUUCAUUCUCCUCUGCAACAAGAGUUUGCCCAAGCUUAUGACAACCGAUUGACUUCUCUCGUGCGCUUCAGUUCAUAAUUUAGCAGGAAGAUGAACAGAAUGAAAGAACUUCAACACCACCGAAUCCUUUCAUGACUCCACAUAACAAGUUCAACAAUGGACUUCAACAACUCGCGUCUCAACACAAUGUAGACUUCUUGCCACCUAUGCCAAGACCACCAUUAUUUUCAACAUGGUAGGACUGGACUGAGGAGAAGAUGCUUUAGUGCGCUAGGAUAUAAGUUUAUUGCAGUAUAGUGUUGACUAUUAAUCUCAUUCCAUGGUUAUUACCUCAUUAAUUUCACCUGAUUGAGUAUGGCUCAAACAGCAAAUCAUUUAGAGAGGAUUUAUUAUAGAAAUGUAAAACUGAUUUCUUCACAUGUCUAACUGAUAUUACUAAAUGAAUGUAUUACUGAACAUGCACUUAUAAUUAGUAAUUUACAUACAUGAGUAUUAUGUAGACCAUAUUAUAAUUUACAUUUACAUACACGAGUAUUAUGUAGACCAUAUUAUAAUUUACAUUUACAUACAUGAGUAUUAUGUAGACCAUAUUAUAAUUUACCCCUUAACAAUUUUGGAAAGUCUGUGGUUUAAUUAUGAAGCCCUUUAAGAUAUAUCUUAUCAGGUGGAACUUAUCAAAUAAUUAUUAAACGAAGAAUGCCGCUAAAGAGUUCAGGGAUUACUUUAAUGUAUAUGAUACACUGGGUGGCUAAAUCAAUGAAAUUAAAAUAAUGCAUUUAUAUGUUUAUGAGAAAUUUUCCUAUGCCAAAGAUUGUUUUUAAGGCAGUAAUGCUAACUUUUAAUAGCUUUCAGGAAUAAAUCCUUUUUGUGUCUUUAAAUGUGAUGAUUCCGGAAAAAAUGAGUCAAUAAUUUUGAAUAGGCAUUUGUUUUAAACAUUUAACUGUAGACAUGUGUGUAGUGCAGACAGUGAUUUUACUUUAACAUUGAACAAAACUUUUUACAAUAUAUAAUCAUUCCAGGAUAUAACUGGUCUAUAUAUUAAUGCUUAAACUUAUAUUUUAAGAUAAACUAUUUUAAUGUUAUUUUAAACACAGAGGUAAAACAUAUCCCUUCUAAUAUAAUUUAAAAGUUUUUUCUUUUUUAAAGAAAUAUUUGUUUAUUGACAGGGUUCAUACAGGGUAUAUUUUGUAAACACGUUUCUGUUUGUUUUCUGAUUCAAUCAGAAUAUUUCUUUGGUGGUAUGGGAAGGGGAAGUCUUUUUUUUUCACCUUGGCUGAUUAUCUCCCUUUAAUAUAUUUAUUUUAAUGAAUGAAAUGAAAGAUUGUUGUGUUGUUGUAAUAAAAACCUUUACAACAGUUAACAUUAAAUACAUGUUUGACUUGCUAAGCCUCUUCUAAAUGUGCCAAAGGUACAACUAUUAUUUUUAUAAGGUCUUGUACUUAAUAGACAAAAACCUGCUGAUUUCUGCAUUUAAUUGUUUAUUUUUAUGUAGUUAAUUGUUUAUAUAACAUAGUAUAUUAAUUUGUCAUCACUAUAGAAUGUUUCAUUGCUUUUCUAUGGAGACAUUUUCAGAUACAAAAUCCCCUAGGAAAUGUAUAAUAUUGUGAAUUACUGAUAAACCUCUACAUGUAGUUUUGUUUUGAUUGUGUAUGAAGUUGUUGUCUCUCUCCUGUUUCUCUAACAUCCAUGAUAAACAAAAACAUGAAUUGGUGAGGAAAGUGUCUACAGUCUAGGUACAGAAAGUUUAUCUUAUAUGAGAAAUAAAUGCUAAAAAGUCAAUGUAAAGAAAUAGUAUGUAGGUAUUGUAAAAUGUGUCAUUGUAUAAUAAUAUGAUAGCCAUUAUAUGAUUGAUUUGUUAACAUAAUAGAAUCAAAUUUCUGUGAUUAAUGCGACUGUGAUAUAAUUUGUAAGAACUGAUUGUAGUUUAGUGCUCAUGAAGCAGAAUAUAUUUAAACCAAUGUAUUAUUCAUAUUGUAUUUAAUCUGUAAAGAAUUUAUGCAUAAAUAUCAUUUAUAAAGUGCAACUUUAGUAUUUAUGAUAUAUUAUUUAAUUGAAUACACACAAUAUAUUUGUUCCAAGAAUAAAUAUUUUUUUGUGUUUGCCUUGUUUAUAUUUUGUAAGUGAUUUUAUCAAUUACAUUUCAUACGUAGACAUAAAAGCUGUCAAUGUUAUUGUUGUAGAUUAGAACAAUCUCUUAUGUUUAUAAUGUCCUAAGAAUAAUUAAACACAGGGUCAUGUAUAAUCUUUGUUAUCAAAUUUUUUUUUAAGUUUUAAAUUAUACAUUAAUUUGUUUUUUAUAUUAUGGGAACUGUGAAGAAUAUUUCCUGUAAAUUGGGUAUCAUUGCAUUAUGCUAGGUGAUAUUCUUGAUUUUAAGUAAGGAGAAAAUGGGACAUACAAGGAAUCUUAUGCAUUUUAAAUUAUAAAAAGAACUGACCAAAAUGUUCCAUCACGUUCCAGACUUUGAAAUAUAACUAAUCACUUUAUUGGUAAUGGUUGCCUCAUUUUUGUAAACAAUUGACUUCUUUGAUUUUUAAACCAGACAACUUUGAAAGUGUUCUCAUAAACAAUGAACACAUUGAGGUCUGUACUCUGUGUUAUAAGAAUGAGGAUUUUCACUUCAUGUUACCUCUUCCUCUGCCUAUGUAUGAUACCUUCUGGGAAUUUAGGGAGAACACAUUCCAGUGCAGUUUAUGAAUGUAAGUUAGCAUUGCAUGCUCUUUGGAGCUUACAGUUUUAAAUUUUAAUUUGCAGAUAUUUAUAUUUGCAGACUUUUGUUUAAGAAACAUUAUAUCUAUGUCGACAUUUGUGUUUUUUCUUUUUCUUUUUUGGAAUAAAGCUAAAUAAUUUCAUGCUUUAGUAGGUAGCGUUAAUAAGUAUUUUGCUUUUAUAUUUUUUUUAAUUUGAAAAGUAUUUUCUUAUGAUGAACACUUACAGUGUUGAUGUAUUAUAUGUUAGAUCAAAAUAUUUCAAAUAGAACAUGCUGAAAAUGAUUUAAUUACUAUUUUUCAUAUAUAAUAAAUACAAUGAUUUGGUCA